CUCUUCCGCGUAAAAGCCCUGCGGGGCGGUGGGGGAGGCCUCGGUGCGGAACUGGGGGGACUGUGGCUGAGGAGCUGGGGGGAUGUGGUGGGGAGCUGGCCGCCGGGCUCCCUCCUUUGUGAGCUCUGAGAGACGCGAAAGGGUGGGUUUGCCUUUCUGAUGGGUGCGUGUGGCGUUCUUUCGGUCACGGUAGCGGGAUCGGCUCCUCACGCCUUAGCGAACAUGGAUUCACAGAAGGAUGUUCAGCCACCAAAGCAGCAGCCAAUGAUUUACAUUUGCGGAGAAUGUCAUACAGAAAAUGAAAUAAAGGCAAGAGAUCCUAUCAGAUGCAGAGAAUGUGGCUACAGAAUAAUGUACAAGAAAAGGACAAAAAGAUUGGUUGUUUUUGAUGCCCGAUGACUUCUGCUGAAGAUACAGCAACUUUAUGCUGCAGUUUAAUCUCGCUGAUAACUUUGCUCUGUAAAUCCAUUGCUGUGCAAAUGCACACUCUUAUCUGUGUUUUAAGAUAUUGAAAUAUUAAAGUUUCCUGUGUUACUAAA